AAAUUGUAUCGGUUCGAUGUCGUUAAGAAUAAUAUAUAAUGAAUUAAAAAUAUAUAAUAUCGAUAUCAACGAUAGAUCGUUCUUCUCAUUCACGAUUUGAAAGAUAGAUAGAUAGAGAUAGAUAAAUAGAGAGGGAGAGAGAGAGAGAGAGAGAGAGAGAGAGAGAAAGAGAGAGAGAAAUCUGAAGGAUAGAUCUUUUUUGGAUCAAAUUCAAAAACUCAUGGAAAUGGUUUGAAAAUAACGAAGAAGGAGACGUAUCGUUUCGUUGAAAGGAAAUGGAAAAUUCAGAGGAAGAGGAGGAGGACGACGAAGAAGAAGAAGAAGAAGAAGAAGAAGAAGGAGAUGCAAAAGACGAGGAGAAACGUGAUAAAAAGUAUUUAAAGUUAGAUAAAGAUAAUAAUAAAUCAAUAGGACGAUAUAAAUAUGGCAGGUUCGCGUGUCGAUUCGAAUCUUGAAAUGGAUAAUAAAGGAACUUUGACCUUUCCAAGGGAAAGCAAUUACGAUGACAAUGAGAAAGAAUCAAAACGUGAUUCUUUUGGUGAAGUUAACGACAAGAGAAUGGCUCAGGAUGAUAGGGAGAAAGUUCACUUAUCGAAUUGUAACGACUCCGAAAGAAUUCGAAAAGUUUCGAUGGUCUUACGUGAAGGAAGGUAUGAGAACGAUGAGAUUCUUGAUUGCGAGAAGUCAAAGGGCGGUGAAAAAAUUUUAUUUGAGGCCGAUCGAAGAUCAUCGAAAUUCCAACGGCAGAUUUGUGGUUUGCGAAAGCAGGAAAGAAUAGUAACGACGGCAACCAUAGAAGACAGAACGAUAAAUGAAAGAUCGAUCAAUGGGAACGAUCGAGGAAAGAAUCUCGAUAUUGAGGAUUUAACUGAGUGUUCUGUUAAAGAGAGAAAUCUGAUCGGGAGGAAAGUGGAGAAUCAUCGAACGUUCAAAGAAUCUACUCGAGAAAGGAUCAACGUGAAAGAAUCUUCUAUGAGGAAUCGAGUUUCGUCUGUUAAAAGGACGAAAUCUAAGAUCGAUAAAGAUAUCGAAUCUCAUCCACCUUUAUUUUCUUCUACAUCUUUUUCCUCUUAUUCGGAUAAAGAAAGGAGGAAUAUAAGGAAAUGUCAAAAUUGUGGUGAGCAACAUUACACAUAUGGUCGAUACUCGUAUCUUAAUAAGUAUUCGACUUAUUUUGAGGGUGAUUUAGGUACUUACGAAAGGCAUGAAACCUCGGCGAAGGUUAUCUUAACUAAUACCGCUCCAGUACGUGGUCCUGAUUCAAGAUUAGAGACGCCAGUAACAUCUUUGCUGUAUCGUAGCAGAUCACUCCCAAGAUUGUCCGUACACGACAGCGGUGUCGGAUGCAGUGCUAAUGAACAGACAGUACCUGGUCCAGGUCAACAUGGUACGAAACAGCUGGUAGCCGAUUUAAGGCAGCUGUUGACGUUAAAGCAACAUUACUAUCCAGAAGGUGGUUGGGGUUGGCUCGUCAUACUAGUAGGAAUGUUGGUUCAAAUUCUCUCCCAUGGGACACAGGGUGCUGUUGGUAUAUUUAUUCAGCAUGUAGCCAAUCGAUUUGGUCAUCACGUUUAUUUUGAAUCAGGAUGGUUAGGUGCUAUGUCCACUGGUGUAGCCUUGCUGGUGUCACCCGUUACUAUAGCCUUUUGUAGAAGAAAAAGCACCAGAGUUACGGCCGUUUUGGGUGGCCUCGUUACGGCACUCGGUUGCCUCUUCACGUCCUUCGCCUCGCAAUUUCAUCAAUUGUUCUUCAGUUAUGGUACCAUGGUGGGAAUAGGUGUGAGUAUGACAAGAGAUUGCAGUACGCUAAUGGUAGCACAAUAUUUCAAACGAAGAAGAGAACUCGUUGAGAUAUUCAUCGUCUCUGGAAGUGGUUUGGGUAUAGCAGUCAUGUCGGCCUUUAUAAAAGGUGCCAUUAGCAAGAUAGGAUGGCGAUUGGGUCUUCAAGCGGUUACCGGUGUCGUUUUCCUCACCUUCAUAUUAGGAACAUUUUAUCGAAGCGCUUCUUUAUAUCAUCCACAACGUCGAGCAAUAUUACAUUUGAAGAAUCAAAAGAGAAAGAUCAAGGACAAGAAUAAAACGGACGAUAGACCGGCGUUCUUUGAUUUUAGCACCCUCAAAAGUAAAACCGUUAGGAUAUUAUUGGUUUCAACGGGGAUAUCCGCUUUUGGAAUAAACACGCCGAUUUUUUAUCUGGCGCAUCAAGCGGAGGAGGAGGGCCUUGGGGACACCGUUGUCUUGCUUCAAGCUUAUCUCGGAUUGGCUUGGACACUUGGCUGCGUGGCCUUCGGUCUUUUGGUCGUUCAUCGGAACGUCGAGUGCAGAAUUGCAAGGCAGUAUCUCACACAGGCUGCUGUCUUCGUAUGCGGGCUUUGCAUCCUUGCUCUCACUGCUGUUCAAGGAAAUUAUCAUGGAUAUGUUAUGUUCACAUGGAUUUACGGGAUCUUUUGUGGUGGCUAUCAUUAUAGUCUGAAAAUGUAUACGUACGAAAGGGUAAGAGCAAGGAAUUUUGCCAGAACUUGGGGCUUCGUUCAAUGCUCUCAGGCGAUACCGAUCGCCAUUGGUGUGCCAAUAUCUGGAUAUAUAAAUGUUGGUUGUGGUGGUAAAGCAGGUUACUACUUUAGCUCGACUUGCGUUUUAGUCGGCAGUUUCACUCUAUUCUUCAUAGAUCUCCAUAGGCGAAACUUAUCGAAACACAAACAUACCAGAGCAAAUGGUAGCAAGCAUUUAUGUGUUCUUGGUAAUUGUCCUCAACAACGGAGACCGUCCUUUAGUCAGGAACCCGAAAACGAUGGGACACAUGUGGCAGCUGCUGGUGCAGCUGCUGCUGCCCUUGUUCUUGGAGCUGAACUUGGACCAGCACCUGGUGACAUAAUAGACGCAUUAGGAGCAGAGAAACCCGAACUGACGUGUAUUUCCGAGGAGGGUAUAGCCGAUAUGGAUCUACCAGAUAAUCUUCUCGAUGAUCUCGAUUAUAUCGGUGAUUGUAUAACCUCGUGCAACAAGGUUGAGAACUACCUCAUGCUCUCAGAAUUUGAAAACAAUCUGAUCGCCGAGAUGCCGAUUAUUAUGGACCGGCGAGGUCGCAGAUGGUCCUUGGCACGAUCCAAGGCCGGUCAAACGACUGUUUGUGGUCAACAAACGGUUGGAACUAAUGCAGCGGCAGGAAACUCAUCGAUUCAGGAGGAAGAUUCGAACGAAACGAACGCCGUCAAGUGGCACCUUGGGAGUCAGCCUACCAACGCUAAUAGUCGAACGAUUACGGUCAUUGACGAAGCGAGUACGUAAUUUCAAGGGCGAAAGGGUUUCUCGCGUUCGACGUUAACAAAAAAAAAAAAAAAAAAAGAAAAAGAAAGAAAGAAAAAAAGUAGAAGAAGAAAAAGUUAUCCUGAAAAGGAAAAAGAUAAUUUAGUAAUAACGAGAAAGGAACGAAUUUUUUGUAUGAGACAAUUUCGAUUCGUUGAUGAUGAUGAUGAUGAUGAUGAUGAUGAUGAUGAUGAUGAUGAUGAUGAUGAUGAUGAUGAUGAUGAUAGUGGUGGUGAUGAUGGUCGCGAAAGAAGUAUAAUCUACUCGAGACGAAGAGACAAAGAAAAAUUAAGAAACAAUGAGAACCAACAACAACAACAACAACAACAAAAAAUGACGAACAUAUAAGAAAAGAGAAAAAAAAGAAGAAUGGUGGUAAUUUUUUUUUAAACAAAAUCGUAACAAUCCGACCGCGGCACUACCUUUCCGAUAUAAACAUACGAUAAAUCGAUGAUUAGCUUCUUUUUUCUCUUCUUAUUGAAUACGUUUUUACGUUAAUAAAUUUAAUAUUAAGCGAUAAAAAGAAAGAAAAAAGAGAAAGAGAGAGAGAGAGAGAGAGAGAGAGAGAGAGAGAGAGAGAAAGAGAAGAAAUAAAGAAAGUGAUCGUAAACGUUGAUCGUCUCGGAAAAAGAAAAAUAUCCAAUCGCGACGUUCGAAUUCGCGACGUAAUUAAGGACAAUAACGUCGGCUAUCGGCGAGAGAGGAACCACGGAAACACGCUCCGUCCAUCAUGGAUUCAAAGAAAAAAAAAAAAAAAAAAAAAAAAGAAAAAAAAAAGAAAGAAAGAAAGAAAGAAAGAAAAAAGAAAAUAAACGACUCCUGUCGACGUACACAUUACUACUUCUUCGGUUUUUAAAAAUUACAUCAAGAUUUUUGAAAACUUAUUGAUAGAUCUUACGAAAUAACGCUUAAUACGUAGGCACGCUAGCUAAAGAUUUUUAAACUAGUCUACGCGAUCGAAAGAUCUAUGCGAAUAUUGAAAUAAUACGAUAUAUAUAUAUAUAUACAUAUAUAUAUAAUUAUAAAAAAAAUAUAUAAUAUAAUGUUCUAAUAA